GAGAGCUUGGAUAGAGGUUUUGGCGGCGCCUCACUAUGUACGCACGUCAUCACGUCGCGCGUAUUCCCUUCAGCCAAUCGACAUGGCGACACUACCCGCAAGUGCACAAAUGCGCUUGACUGUUGAAGUCCUUCCGCUUGCCGAAGAGAACUCGUACGGCCCAUACCGUGAUGUUGCGCUCGCAGCUUUCAAAGGCAGGAAGUUUGCACUGCCAGUACAAAUAGACGAUACCAUUGAGAGAGUCUGGAGCAAGAUUGAAGAACGCUACAAGAAGAACUAUCUCACUCCGAUACAGGCCGCUAGCUUCGCCAUCAAGGUAUUACAGGAUGCGUACGAUUGCGAUCUAGAUGUAGGAGAUACCGUGCGGUCAUUGUUUGAAGGAGAGCCAGACCCGGCGAAACGGAUGAUCAAAGUUGUACCAACCUUCGUAUACCGCGAUUUCUCGGUCCCAUUAACAUCGAAUCUUCGCCCUGCGAGCGCACGGAAACGCCAGCAAGAAGCGCAGGCGAAUGACUCAACCAAAAGAAGACGCCUAGAAGGGCAGGACCAUGUCCAGACGAGCAGAAGGGGCGUACAGCACCGUGUGCUUCCGUCUACUGAGUCAGACCAUAGCGUCGAGUUUGCGCGCGAUACAAACGGCAUGGCUCAAACGCACUCUGAACGAAAGGCCCGGCGAUCGAAGUCUGGCUCCGUUAUUCAGACUGGAUAUGCGCAAACAGGAGGAGCGGAGUUCGCAUCGGUGCUUAAGGACGAAUCCCCCGACUUGGGCGAGCCUUCUGCGCGGACCAUUCCUGACUUGAACCUCUCCUCACCACACACCUCAAGAAUCGAAAAAUCCACGCCGCUUGCAGCAAGUGCAGUACGUACGCCUCGGUCUAGCGAAAAGGCGACGUCUCCAUCCCGGACCCCUAUUGCGCGCCGGUCACAACGCUCUCUCAAUGAGGAUCCUACAAUUGGUCUGACUCAACAACGCUUGCGUGCGCAAGAUGUAGAGAUUGAAAGAGAGGAGGUCGAGCAGGCUGAGAGAAUGCAGGAUCUAGACAGUGUACAUCAGUCUCCAAGGAGCUCUUCGCCAGAACCCACUACCGUUGAAACUGCUCCGCUUCCUGUACCUAGAAGGUCCGUUUAUGAGGUGUCACCCUCGCCCGAAUUUCUUCAGUCACCUUCGAAGCCGAAAGCGACGUAUGCCCGUAAUGCCAGGCCACGAAGGCAGCAGAAGUCGAUUGAACCAAGGGGCACGUCCAGAGCUCCAUCUCCCCGGGUACUCAUACGCCAUAGCCCUGUAAAGAUGAGAUUAGCAAAUGGUACUGUAGGGAUGGCUCGUCGCUUCAGGUUCUCAGAUCCGGAUCAUAUCGUUUCGACGCCCGAGACAAACGGUGCGAAUGAGGCAAACCUGUCUCCAGACGACCAUCCAGAAUUACGAGAAAGCGGGCCAGCCGAGUCGGUGACAAAGAACGUCCAAUCGAAUGGGACGUUAGAGGCUGCAAAACCGUCGAAGCUCAAGAAACCUUCUCAGAAGUCGUAUAAUAUGCCGCCGCCGAAGGAGGCACCAGACAGAGCAAGUCCAUUGGGGCGUCCAGCUGCACGAGGACGACCUCGCUCUGUUGCGAAGAGUCGCAUCUCUGCUCAGUCUACGUCGCCGAAACCGACGUCAACGACCGCUAUAUUGGCCCAAUUGCAGCGCGUGAAAGAGAAUAUCCUUGCGAAACGGAGACAAAGUCAAGGGUCUCAGUCCGCUGAUUUGUCGAAUGGCUCGUCGAGACAUGUAUCGUUCUCGCCUACUCUGACGAGAGAGCAGAAAAUAUCCAGUCCAGCUCCUUCUCAUGCGCAAAACGAAGCGGAGGAAUUGCAAGCACAACUUGACGAUGAAGUCAACAAAGAGACUGUCGCCGAGGUCGCUGAACCAAGUGCAGACGAGGAAGAUGCACCAGUCGUGGAGAAGGUCCCAGAACUACCACCACUGCCAUGGGACAGCAGUGCCAGUUGGGACUUUGGGGCCGUUCAAGGACAAGACGCCAUUCCGCAGGAGGAAGCCGAUGGAACUCCUGCGUCCAAAGCCGACAACGAUGUUCGCUUGCCUCCACCUUCGGAGCUUCGGACUACAGGAGAGCCGGACAAUGAAGCAAAUGCUGCAUCUAGGGCGACAUCUCCAAGUGAGGUCAACUCGACGAGGUCCUCUCCUCCGGCCGUGCGCCAACCUGCUCGUUACUUGAGCCAUUCGCCCACGCCGCAGCAGACAGACCCGGACGAUGACGAGGGAGAUGAAGACGAGAAAGGCACUGCCGCGCCUGCAAAGCCUGAGUCUGCCGCCACUGCCGUCGAGAGGGAGACUGACACAGAAACAUCGUCGAGCGACAGCGACACCUCGACGGACUCGGAUGAGGACAUUGAAAUGCCAGACGCUGACGCCGACGCCCCAUCUCCAUCCAUCCCUGAACCCCCAUCAUCCGGACCCACGCUCCCCAGCCCAACACGUGCAGAGAUCCCGAUAGAACCUGCCGUGUCCCUCGCCGCACCACGUUCCUCAGAGAUCCCACCCCCCGGCACGACAACAACAAAGACUACUACCAGCACCACGAUAUCCAAAACCCCAAUUCCCCUCCCCGGCACAACAUCAUCAACAACAAAAACUGUCACGAGCACCGCGAUAUCGAAAACUCCAAUUCCGCUCCCGUCCUCGCAACGGCUCCCGUCAUCCCAACCACAAGGGUCACAGUCUGCCCGCCGACCACGCGCAUCGCAGUACACGACGCUUAGGGAGCAGUUGAAUGCCGCUAAGGCGGGCAGUGCGAACGUUGCGCGGAGAAGGACGUUUGAUCCUUCGACGCAGAGUCUGAAUCUGUUGAAGAAGGCGAAGGUCGAGGUAGGAGAAAAGAAGGGAGCGGAUGCGAAAAAGGCUCUGCUUGUUGGGGGUGAUGAUGAUAGUGAGGAGGAGAGUAGUAGUUCCUCUGAGUCGGACAGUGACUGAGGGAGGGAGGGAGAAGGGAUAGGUUGAAAGGAUGAUGUGGAUACUUGUUUUGCGCUUUGGGCUUUGCUUCGUGAAUGCAUGGUUCGGUGCAGUGAAAGAACGGCAUUUGAUUACAGCUCUUUCAACCGGGUUACGCAUUGGGUAGGCGUAUUCGAGUUGAGUACUUUAAUGGAACGAAUGGGAGUUUUUAUUCAUCAUCG